ACAAUUUUAGACCCCUUUAGUUAGUCGCGCUAUCUAAUAGCAACAGCGGGAACCAUUUUCACUACAAUCUUGGGCAUUUUGCCACCGAUAGUGCCACUGUAAAACUAAAAAGUAUAGUACACCAAGAACAACCAAGAGUAGCGCUUAUGAAGAGCCGGUAUGGGUUAUGAGGUUAUAUCAUUAAUCUAAUUCUUACAUACAAAAGUACAUUAACUCUGUUAUACUAUAGUUUAUUUAUAUCUAUUUGUAUAUAUUAAAUCCUGUAUUUUUCCCAUAAGAUCUAAAUUAUGUUACCAGUUCCCUUUUAGAAAAUGUAGAACAAAGUGAAUUUUAGGUUAUGAUUAUCGCAAACUCAGUACUACUCUUAUCCAUUAGAAAAUUAAGGAAUGGGAAAAGUAUAUUCUACUUUGAUGCGACCACUUCGCACAUUUGACAUAGUGCAUCGUGCGCAUGAUGUUAUUUCAGAACAGAAACCAACAGCUGCACCACAAUAUCCUUCGACAGCUAAGGAAAAAGAACUUGUAGAUAAGAUGGAUCCGGAUUUUAUGAAAAAACAUAAUGAAAAAAAUGCUCAAUUAGACAGUCGCUUGAAAGAGGUUUAUGUCACCUCCAAUGAUCCAAAUAAUGAAUCAGCAAAGCAGCCAGCCUCAUCUAGGCCAUUACCAUUAAACAGAACUACCUCUUCUUCGUUUGAAUUUGGAUUCUAUGAGUCUCGUGUGAUUCCUGAGGGUAAAUGUUCUCUAAGGCAGGCUUUGACUUUUCUUGGAAAUCAUAAUAAUAACCCUACUGAAUAUACCAUAGAAAAAAUAGCACUUGAGUAUAAGUUAGAUAAACAAGUAGUAGCGAAUAUUAUUGAACAUUUUAGUGUUCCUAGGAUGGUUAUGCCACGAAAAAAUGAGAAAAAGAGCAUACAAAAAAAGUAAUCUGUAGUCAUUGUAUCCAAAAAUAAUAUAAGUAUUUAGAUAUUGUUGUGUAAAUAAUAACAUGUUAAAGGUAAUAAAAACUGUGUUUACUUCAA